AGCUCACAAAUGUUAUUGCGCAUGUUACUGCGCAGACUGUCAAUGUCAAGGUAUCUGUUGACAAGAGGCAUGCGAAAAAAGGGGAUGUUUACCGUGACAAUAUUAGUCAUAUUCUUAUAUUAUGUGAUUCGCUAUAUGUUCCCCGUGAUGCUAGAGGAACUCCAAUAUACCGAAGGAAUCGAAAAGGAUGCUUUACGAACACUACAUGCAACUAAAUCUGUUUUGAUUAAAGAUGGUCUCGAAAAAAGAAAUCUACUUUCGAUGAUGACCUCGAGUAGGCCACAACCGUCUGCUCCAAAUCCUCUUACGAUUUGGUACCAAAUACCAGGCACGACAGCAAUUUUGUAUUCAGCGUAUUUUGACAAUAGACCACUGGGUGCCCAAACUUCAGAUGGACCAAUCAUACGUAUCCUAGGCAUCGGGAAGAUAAAUCUUCCAAAUGAGAGGACCUUUACACAAAAACUGUUUUGCAGGGUGUCUUACUCAAACAAACAAGAUGUGUGUCUGUCUAAAGAAGUGACUAAGAUAUUCAUGAACCGGAAACCGAAUUAUAACAAUGCACAAAUGAAACACCAUGAUCUUUACUUCAUUUGUCAUUUGCCGGUUUCCGUUGUUUUUAGCCAACCAACUAAAGUCAGCCUAUCUACUGACCGUUCCUGCACAUCUUCAUAUAGUUAUCCUCUUCCCAUACGGAAAUUAAGCACCUUCAGCUUGACACCUAAGCUAGAGUUUGGUGUCUGUAUUCAAAAGGCAAUUUACCAGAUUAAUCAAUAUCACUUAGUUGCAUUCAUUGAGAUGACACGACUUCUCGGGGCCAGUUUCGUUGCCAUAUAUGAUGAAAGCCUUAAUGAGACUGACAUACGAUUGUUAAAUGAAUACAUCAAAGAUGGGUUCGUUCGAUUGAAACGCUUUAGACUAGGGGAUAUAGGCAUCAAGGACAUACCAUGGCAUGGUCAACAUAUCGUCAUGAAUGACUGUCUUUACAGUAACAUGGCAAGCACAAAAUAUCUUGUAUACAUUGACCUUGACGAAAUGAUUACUCCUCAUCAAGCAAUCAAUUGGCCCGCCAUGAUUAAACAACUGAAUAAAUCAAAAACUAUAGCCACAUAUUCAUUUAGAAACAGUUUCUUCGUACCUACGAGAAAAAAGAUCCGAGUAAAUUCGCUGAAUGGCUCCGUCUACUUAACCCAUUUACUCAGGACCCCUCCUACACCUGGUAACCACAAACGUACUAAAUACAUAACAGAGGCACAUUCAACCGUUACUGUAGGAGUCCAUGUCGUUUGGGAACAAUUGCCCGGAUAUGGCGGAUAUCUUGUUUCUCCAGAAAUUGGUCUCAUGCAUCACUAUAAAUAUGUUGGUAAUAGAUAUGUGGCAACCGGUUCCAUAUUUACAGAAGAUAAUACAAUGUUGAAAUAUAAAGACGUUCUGAACAAGGCAAUACAAGAAAACAUUCAGAACAUUCGAAAAGCAAACACAACAACCUCUAAGCUAGACUACAUGUAAGUUCUAGCCGGUCUUAAUAUUCCUUGUUAACAUUUAUUGUUGAGUUAUCAAAGAUAACGACAAAUUGUGGCCAUUUUGAUAAAUAGCGGCCAUCUUGAAAAUUUCUUGAGCAGAGCUAUCAUUUAUUUAACCAUCAGCACAUAAAAUUUGAACCAAAAAAUCCGUCCACUGGUAUUUGAUUUACAAGAAAGAUUUUGAAAUUCAGCUGUCAUCUUGAAAGUUUCUUCUCCACCAGAGCAUAUAGAAUUUGAACCAAAUCCAUCCACUGGUAAUUACAAUUAUCAAAGAUUACGUUUUUGACAAAAAUGGCAGCCAUUUUGAAAUUCAGCUGCAAUCUUAGCAAAACUCCUUUGUCCCUAAGCAUAAGCAUAUAAAGAGCCAAAUACCUCAUCUAGUAUUUGAGUUAUUAACGAUUACAUUUUUAUGGAAAAUGGUGGUCAUUUUGAAUUGAACGGCCAUAUUUGAAAAUUUCUUCUAGAGCAGAGGCCCUACACCCAUAAGAUAUAAGCCUGAUCAAAUCUGUCAACCGAUAUUUGAGCUAUCGCCCGGACGGACGGACUCGUUCGGUGAGAAAUCAAAGGACUAUAUAUGAGACUGAACAAGUGAAUUAAACAAUUUAUCUUAAUUGAUUGACAUUGGGGUAGGUGCCUCACAAAGAGGGCAUAUACUCGUGGUCAAUGAAUAAUAAGCAGAUACAUGAUAUAAAAUAUUAUGAGACACGCAUUGUAGGAU